ACCACCCAGCGCGUACUUGGAUCGAUCGGCUGUGAAGUGGCUGCUAGUCGCAACAAAAAAAUAAAAUAAAGAGAAAGGACGACUGCCAAUCAGCCUGCAGUCGCGUUGCAUCGAAACAGCUGUUUUACUGAUAAGUCGCGAACGGGCUAGUGCAAUAAAUCGGGGUGUGGGAUUACAGAGAUAAAAUUAUAUAAGAUUUGCGCGCUGGAGACUAACCAGACUAAAUAUUUGCACUAGAUUCUGGCAGCGAAGAGUGGCACAAGAUUUAUUUUUAUAAAUAAUUAUACCGCGUGAGUGAGGCAACCUAAUCGUAGCAAGCUGAGCAGCGAGCGGACUUUUAUUUCAGUCAGUCUACGGUUGAACUUGAACUUGAUCAAACGCACCAAACAUGAACAACAAUAUCAACGGAACGGUCGACGGAGAAUCGGUGGUGGAGUUUUCGUCCCUUGAUGCCAAAGUGCAGGAACUUGUUGAGGCGGCCAUCAAGGUCCGGAACAAUGCGUACUGCCCGUACAGCAAUUUCUCGGUGGGAGCAGCGCUCAGAACCAAAAGUGGCGAGAUAAUCAUCGGAUGUAACGUCGAGAAUGGGACGUUCGGACCAAGUGUGUGCGCCGAGAGGGCGGCCAUCUGUACGGCCAUCGGACAAGGAGAUCGCGAGUUUGAGGCGGUGGCCGUGGUAGCGUACCAGGAGAAGGAAUUUACCUCACCGUGUGGAACCUGCCGGCAGACGUUGGCCGAGUUUUGCUCCAAGAACAUGCCCAUCUACCUUGCGAAACCGUCUCCGGCACGCGUCAUGGUCACGUCACUGGGGCAACUGUUGCCCCACGCGUUCUGUCCAGCCUUUUUGCACAACAAGUGAUUAGGGUGAGAGGAAUUUCGAUGAUUUUCUGUGAAAAGAUUGCCUCACGGCAGAUGACACGAUAGGAUCAUCUUUGUUUUAUUUGUUUCUCUUUUACUACUCACGUUGACGUGGUGGGUGCCCCGAUAAGAUUAUAAAAUUGGAAGAUUUAGAGUGUUUUUUUUUCGUCGUUUGGUACUUAAAUAAUCAUAAAAAAUAACUCUAGACAUUCGUGCACAAAUGAGAGGCUAAUUAUAUCAUGUAGUUAAAUUUCAGCCAAAUGUAUGUUUUUAUUUUGAUGUGAGCAGAAUUUUAAUAAAUAAAUGCCGUAGAAGUA